AGCUCCCUGGAUGAGUCUUUCUUCCCGUCGUACUGUCAGGUAGUUAAGCCAAUCGCUCGGGCAGACAUGGACAUGGCAGACUACAGCGAGGCCUUGGACCCGGCGUACACAACGCUGGAGUUUGAAAACAUGCACGUGCUAGCCAUGGGCGCAGACUCCUCGCCGGCUGAGAGCGCCAACAUGAGCGGCGGCGGGCACCUGACGGCGGGCAGCCUGUGCGCCAUCUGCGGGGACAGAGCCACGGGCAAGCACUACGGGGCGUCCAGCUGUGACGGCUGCAAAGGCUUCUUUCGCCGAAGCGUCCGCAAAAAUCACAUGUACUCCUGCAGGUUCAACAGACAAUGCAUCGUGGACAAAGACAAGCGGAAUCAAUGUCGAUACUGCAGACUGAAGAAAUGCUUCAGGGCCGGCAUGAAGAAAGAAGCCGUGCAGAACGAAAGAGACCGAAUCAGCACCAGGAGAUCCAGCUACGAAGACAGCAGUUUACCCUCCAUUAACGCGCUGAUCCAAGCCGACGUGCUAUCAAGACAGAUCUCGUCCCCCGCUCCCAUCUUAAAUGGGGACGUCCGCACCAAGAAGAUCGCCGCCAUCACGGACGUGUGCGAGUCCAUGAAACAGCAGCUUCUGGUACUGGUGGAGUGGGCCAAGUACAUCCCGGCCUUCUGUGACCUGCCCCUGGAUGACCAGGUGGCGUUGCUCCGAGCUCACGCCGGAGAACAUCUCUUGCUCGGUGCCGCAAAGAGGUCCAUGCUUUUCAAAGAUAUACUCUUAUUAGGGAACGAUCACAUCAUCCCCAGGAACUGCCCGGAGUUAGAGGUAGGCCGGGUGGCUGUAAGAAUCCUGGACGAGCUGGUGCUUCCCUUCCAAGAGCUUCAAAUCGAUGACAACGAAUAUGCGUGCUUGAAGGCCAUCGUCUUCUUUGACCCAGACGCAAAAGGUCUGAGCGACCCCGCCAAAAUCAAACGGAUGCGAUAUCAAGUCCAGGUCAGCCUGGAGGACUACAUCAACGACCGGCAGUACGACUCUCGCGGGCGAUUCGGGGAGCUGCUCCUCUUGUUGCCGACCCUACAGAGCAUCACUUGGCAGAUGAUUGAACAAAUCCAGUUCGUCAAACUUUUCGGCAUGGCCAAGAUUGACAAUCUUCUACAAGAAAUGCUUCUGGGAGGCUCUGCCAACGAAGCGCCGCACGCACCUCAUUCCCUUCACCCUCACCUGGUUCAGGAGCACCUCAGCAGCAACGUGAUUGUUGCGAGCAACAUGCCCACGCCCAUCCAUAACGGACAAAUCUCCACUCCUGAAACCCCGAUACCGUCACCUCCUACAUCAUCUGGCUCAGAACAUUACAAAAUAACUCAAGGAGUCAUAGCCACCGUCCCCAAGCAGCCCACCUCCAUUCCUCAGCCCACUAUUACCAAGCAAGAAGCCAUCUGAUGACCUUCGCCAUUUCCCCCCCCCAAAUAAACAGCUUGAAAGCUGUCAGCUUGACUGAAAAAUAAUGUAAAGUAGCAACCAUUAAGUGCCUUCAGAGUACGUAAUUACCGUAUUUUCCGGUCUAUACGCCGCACUUUUUUAAAUACUUUGACUGAACGUGCGACCUACACUAAGGUGCGACUUAUAUAAUAUCAAAAUAUAAUAUAAUUUGACAUCUUCUGAAAUGCUAUACUGGUCGACCAUAGAGUAAACGUUACCCUGCAAAGUGCCACGAGAGGGCGCUCUUGGCUCGCGGUUUAGAAGCCAAAAAUGUUAGUGUGCUGAUAUGGACAUAGAAUAGUGCCAAAAGAAGUGAGGUUGUAAAAUGAAAAUUAUCCCUGUAAAAUGACCAAUUUUAACUAAAAAACACUUGUAUUUCCAAAAUUUGCGUUGUAAAAUAAACAUUGAAAAAAAUCAAAGGAAUAAAUUGUUCUACAAGUUGUUUUUUUCUGUUUGCAAGUAUUUUUUUUUUUUGUUCUACAGGUGUUUUUUCUUCACUACGGGUUAAAAAUUACCAACUACAAGUGCACAAGUUUUGUCACAUUCUUUGUCUUUUUUUGACCACGACUUGGAAUGAUAUUUAUGUGUUUGUGUUUUACAACAGAUUAUUUCGAUGUACAAGUAGUCUUUUUCGUCUGUGGUUACAAGUGACUUUUGUCUCUAAAAACUAGGGUUGGGAAUCUCUGGCAUGAAGCCGAUUUGAUAUGUAUCUAGAUACACAGGUUACGAUUCGAUUAAAAAAUGAUACAUUCUUAAGGCUGAGCGAUUCGAUACGAUUCGAUACAGUUUAAGAACGAUACGGUUCGAUACAGAGUGAAAACGAUACGAUAGUAAACAUUUGUUGUGUGUGUUCGUACAGUAUUUUAAACAUAUAAAAAAGACCACAUUUCUAAUAGCAAAAUUAAACAACAUUUCAUACCAAUGUUAUGUUUUAUUUUUUUAUGGAAAAAAAAAAAAAGCUUACUAUAUGACCGUCAUUUUGUUGGAUGGGAUUUAUAAUAAAAUAAAACUCCAGUGACAGACAACAAUAAAGUGCAGUAAUUUAAUUAAUGUAUUUCCUGGUGUUUUGAACAAAAAAUAUUAGUUAUAUGCAGCAGCUCUACGAAAAAAAAAAAAAAAAGAAUUAAGCCUGCUAGUGUUAUCAUAAAUAAAUAAUAAAUUAUGCUUUACCACUGGUAUAACUGGGGGAAUAAAAACAUGGCAUUUUAGACGGACAGGUCUAUAAUCAUUACUUUAACCUUAUACACAACAAAGUCAUUCACUUAUUCCUGUGCUUCCACAUUUUUUUUAUUCCUCAUGACUGUCUAUAUCUUUUUUGAAGGGCAGAUUUUUCUUAAGGAAGAUCAACUGAUCCACAUGAUCAUGUUUAAGUGGACUGCGUUUCGUGGAAACAAUAUUCCGCCCUUUCCACCAUUGUAGUGGGUUAUUUUUCAGGGUUAAUAACUCACGAUGUCUGUACCGCUUCACACUUGCUCUGUCCCAUUCGAACAGAUCUGGCUGCCUUCGUCACUUCAAAGACCGACUUUAGUUUUCCUGGGUGCGUUGAAAAUCAAUCGCAAACUGUCCAUUGUUUUAGCAUGUUGCUUCGUUGCCACUACUAGUUUCGUUUUGGGCUGUGAAGAAAACGUUACGUAGCGGGGCGUUACAGUGGUUUUGUUAGCUCUCGCGUUGUUAUGAUACGCCCGUGACGAUCGGGUAAUGACGGCGACUACCAGCGGUUCAGCCUAAAUGAAUGGGAAGUUAAAGCAACCACGACGGCGGUCACCAUCUAAGUGCGCUGUGUGGUGAAUGACUCAAGCGCAGCAUGUGAGGUAAAAGCUAAACUAUUAUCAUAUUAAACAAUGCAUUAAACUAGGCAUUAGAAACCGAUUCUUGUGCUCGUGAUAGCCUAAUUCUAUCUCUACUAUCGGUUUAUUGAAUAUUUAAUAGCUAAUUACUGUCGAAUGGUAACUUUACUAUCGAUACAGCUGUAUCUCUCACCUGUAAAACCGGAUAUCCGGUCGUAUCGGUUUAUCAUUCUCAAGCUUACUAAAAAUGCGACAAGGGGGAGACAAAACUCGUGAGGUUGUAACCUGUAGCAAAGAAAAAAACACCCGUAGAACAAAAAAAUCACUUGUAAAUGGAAAAAAAAACACUUGUAGAAAUUUUUUUUUACAUUGUGUUUUUUUCAUGUUUAUUUCACAAGGCAAAAUUUGGAAAUACAAGUUGUUUUUUUUGUUUUACAAGUAAAAAAUUUGUCAUUUUACAGGUAUUUUUUAAUUUUAAAACUAGGUUACGAGUAUCUUUUGUGGCUCAUAAAACCCGACAAGAAUGUGACAAAACUUGUGCACUUGUAAUUGGUAAUUUUGAACCCGUAGUGAAAAAAAAACACCUGUAGAACAAAACAAAACAAUAAAACUUGCAAACAGAAAAAAACAACUUGUAGAACAAUUUAUUCCUUCAAGUUUUUUUCAUGUUUAUUUUACAACGCAAAAUUUGGAAAUACAAGUGGUUUUUUUCAGUUAAAAUUGGUCAUUUUACAGGGAUAAUUUUCAUUUGACAACCUCACUUCUUUUGGCACUAUUCUAUCUCCAUAUGCUGACACUAUUGACUAUACAGUAUUCAGAGGUGGGUAGAGGAGCCAAAAGUUUGACUCAACUAAGAGUAGCGUUUACUUUAAAACAAUAUCACUCAAGUAAAAGUAAAUGUAGUCAUCCAAAAAAAGUGUACUUAAAAAAAAAAAAAAAUCGGUAAAAAGAAUUCUCAAGUAAUGAGUAACAAUCUGAUUAACUCCUUACAUUGUGAUUUUUUUUUUUAAAACAAUUGCAUAGUUUUUCUUAGCAGGACGUCAAUGUGAACAGUUUUUACUAGGGCUGUCAAACGAUUAAAAUUUUUAAUCGAGUUAAUUACAGCUUAAGAAUUAAUUAAUCAUAAUUAAUCGCAAUUAAUCGUAAUUCAAACCAUCUAUAAAAUAUGCCAUAUUUUUCUGUAAAUUAUAUAUAUAUUCUGUCAAAUAAAUUGUUGGAAUAGAAAGAUAAGACACAAGAUGGAUAUAUACAUUCAACAUACGGUACAUAAGGACUGUAUUUGUUUAUUAUAACAAUAAAUCAACAAGAUGGCAUUAACAUUAUUAACAUUCUGUUAAAGUGAUCCAUGGAUAGAAAGACUUGUAGUUCUUAAAAGAUAAAUGUUAGUACAAGUUAUAGAAAUUUUAUAUUAAAACCCUCUUAAUGUUUUCGUUUUAAUAAAAUUUGUAAAAUUUUCAAUCAAAAAAUAAACUAGUAGCCCGCCAUUGUUGAUGUCAAUAAUUACUUACACAAUGCUCAUGGGUGCUGAAGCCUAUAAAAUCAGUCGCACCCAAGCGCCAGCAGAGGGCGGCAAAACUCCAUAAAACACAAUUAACAAGUGGGCAUUUCACUCUACUGACAUUUAAAUCUGUCUGAGCGGGACAUGUGCGUUAAUUGCGUCAAAUAUUUUAAUUAAUAUUUUGGGUAACUUAAAAAAUUAAUUACCGCCCGUUAACGCGAUCAUUUUGACAGCCCUAGUUUUUAGUAUAAUGUACUAUAACCCAUGACAUGACCAUAGUAGGCCAAAAAAUACGCAAAAAUCAGUGAAUUCCGACAAGACAAAUUUGAACAUUACCAGUCCAAAGAGCAUGGGUGCCCUCUAGUGGACAAAAAACAUUUCCUACCAUGAAAUUAAAAACCGAGAGAGAGGUUGAAAUCAACGCUUUCGAGUGAUGUUAACGCUCAUUGUAGAAUCCAGAUAGUCCCCGGGUUACGAACGACCUCUGUUCCUACACUGGCUACAUAACCCAGCUUUCCGCGUAAACUGGAAUUACUCUUUUAAAUACCCCCUAAAUCUCAAAAUAACCAUCCAAAAAUAUGUAUUAUGCGUCAUUGUGCCCUCCUCGCCAAGACGCUGGUUCUAAAUCCUAGCUAGCUAACGAGCUAAGCUCCGAAAUGACGAUGUCACACAUUCGUGUGGUUUGCUGACUUUAUUCAGCUGUUAAUGACAUCAACACUUGCAGAAUGAAGCUAAACUAAAAAUGAAAUUAAAUCAGUUUCUUCUUCAGUUACUGCAAUUUCAAUUUGCGUUUAUAACUAGCUGCUCAUACAGCAAUAACAAUCCACAUAAACGAUUAGCAUGUACCAGUUAGCGUCCGCACAUCAUCAAAAACAAUCACUUAAACUCGCCCCAAGUAUUCCACCACAAUUGAAAACGUACAUUAUACAGCACAAAAUGUGUUAUAUACAACUUUGCCUCUGUGGAUGCUACACAAGCAAAAAAUGUGAGCGCAGCCUUGAAGCUGUAAUCUAUCCCCUCUUUCUCACUCGGCUGUGCGACUUCGUGUGUGCGCACGUGCUCUUUCUCUUCGUGUACGCAAAUACGUUCUUUGUGCUACCUGCUCUAAAAAAAUGACCGAAGACAAAAUAGCGGGCGAGACUCUGGCGUGUAAUAUUGAAGUCCUGUAAGUCGGGUACGUCGUAACCCGAGGACUACCUGUUGUCAAUUUUUUUAGGGCGCUUUCAAGACACCACGUGAGUGAACACGCCGGCGUGAUCAUAGGACUUCCAAAUCCGCAAGUUUGUGUGUGGUCAUGUGACUCUAUUGUCAUAUCUUAUUGGUAUGAUGAAGUCACGUGAUCAUUGUUGUGACGUCUUGGAUCAAUUAGAUUGAACAAUGAUGAAAUUUCUAGGGGUACUGUGGGCAAAGUAAAAUCCGAUAUAUAAAAUAAAGAGGAAAAACUAGUGUAGCCCAAAGUAGCGGAGUAAGAGUAGCAUUUCUUCAUCAUAAAUUUACCCUAGUGAAAAGUAUAGCAUGGUAAAACUACUCUUAAAAGUACAUUUUUCUCAAAAAGUUACUCAAGUAUAUGUAACAGGGAUAACUCAACACGUUACUACUACCCACCUCUGAUAUGAUGAAACGACUAUGAAUUAAUGAACGACUAUAUGAUAAUGAUUACACAGGAUUACCCAUUUGGUGCAGUUUUGUUUAUUUCAUGAAGUUAUAUGUACGUUUUUGUUUUAUUUUUUUUGGUUUUGCAUGCCUCAAGUCUACUCGGCCUCAGCCAGCAGUGCUUCUGACUUUAUUGUACUUGACAACAGUGUAUUUUUCAUGCAUUCUUUUGUUUAUUUCUAACAAUAGCUGCUGCAAAGAGGUCUGCGAACUUGUUUUUUAAAAAUGGAAAUCAAGCUGGAGUUGUAGUCGUCCUGACUGUUUUUGACAAGCGUUCAGAGGUUACACAACGUAGGUACAUAAAUCUGGACAGUCCUAAAUUGUCUCCGGAGCUAUGCGAAGGAAGAUAUGUGGCCUGAACGGAAGAUACACAGAAUGUUUUGGAGGCUAGCUAGACGACAACUCUCUGGAAGCUAAUGCGGAGAAUAGAAAGCUGCUACAGCUAAGCUAACAAAGAAAAGGAAGAUAUGUGGCCUGAGCGGAGAAUAAAAGAUAUACGAAACAUUUUGGAGGCUUGCUGGACGACAACUUGGUCACUGGAAGCUAAUAUGGAGAAUAGGCAGCCUCUAAAGCUAAGCUAAGCUAAGCUAAGAUAAUGAAGAUAAGGAAUAUAUGUGACCUGAACAUUGAACAGAAGAUACACAAAACAUUGUGAAGGUUAGCUUAACAACAGUUUAGUCACUGGAAACUAGUAACCAAAGUCAGAAGCUAAUGUAGAGAAUGGAAAGCCUAUACAGCUAAGCUAAGCUAACGGGCCCGCCGGUGAGCUGAGUAUUAGCCAAAACCGUGAGUAAAAGUCUUUGUGCGUGCUAUGAAAGUAAAAAAAAACUGACAAAGUGGCUGUUCUUGAGCUGAAGUGCUGCAACGUAGUAACUCGCUAAGCUAAAGAGUGCUUAUGUUAGCACUAGCAGCAGUGCUGUAUUUAUUCCUGACUGUCAAUGUCGUGGUUUUGGCAACUAUUCAAUAUGCUUGAACUGAUUUUUUUGUUGCUGAAGUAAUACUAGUGACUACAUUUGAGCUACUUGACAAAAAAUGGCAGACAAAAUACAGUAGGCUACAUUUUCCUCCCAAAAUUCGACUUAUGGUGCGGUGCGAUUUAACUAUGUUUUUAUUUGCUUGGCGCACGUGAAGGAAGAUAUGUGGCCUGAACAGAAGAUACAUGGAAUGUUUUGGAGGCUAGCUGGAUGACAACUUGGUACCUGGAAGCUAAUGCUAAGAAUAGAAAGUUGCUACAGUAAAGAUAAGCUAACAAGCCCUUCGGUAAGCUGAGUACUAACUAAAACCGUGAGUAAUAGAUUCUGCGUGCUAGGAAUGUCGAAGAAACUUGACAAAGUACCCGUUGUUGAGCUGAAGUGCUCCAACGUAUUAGCUUGCUAAGCUAAAGGGCGCUUAUGUUAGCACUAGCAGCAGCACUGUUAUUCCUGAUAGUCAAUGUCAUGGAUUUGGCAACUAUUCAAUAUGCUUGAACUGAUUUUUUUGUUGCUGAAGUAAUACUAGUGACUACAUUUGAGCUACUUGACAAAAAAUGGCAGACAAAAUACAGUAGGCUACAUUUUCCUCCCAAAAUUCGACUUAUAGUGCGGUGCGAUUUAACUAUGUUUUUAUUUGCUUGGCGCACGUGAAGGAAGAUAUGUGGCCUGAACAGAAGAUACACGGAAUGUUUUGGAGGCUAGCUGGAUGACAACUUGGUACCUGGAAGCUAAUGCUAAGAAUAGAAGGUUGCUACAGUAAAGAUAAGCUAACAAGCCCUUCGGUAAGCUGAGUAAUAACUAAAACCGUGAGUAAUAGAUUGUGCGUGGUACGAAUGUCGAAGAAAACUGACAAAGUACCCGUUUUUGAGCUGAAGUGCUCCAACGUAUUAGCUUGCUAAGCUAAAGGGCGCUUAUGUUAGCACUAGCAGCAGCACUGUUAUUCCUGAUAGUCAAUGUCAUGGCUUUGGCAACUUCUCAAUUCUUUUGAACUAAUCUUGACUGCAUUUGAGCUACUUGGCGACAAAUGGCGUACAACAUGAGCUACAUUUUCCUCCCCAAAUUCGACUGAUCCAUGUUUUUUUCUUUGACCUUUUUUUUUUGACGAGUUUGACUGUCGAGCGACCUAUAGACCGGAAAAUACAAUGCGUGAUUCUUUUUUUUUUUUUUUUUUUUAGUCCACUGCUGUGUAACACCAGAAGUGAAACAAAAAGACUUGUUUUGUUAGUUUCCUCAUUGGCUGCCAUUGACGGUGAUGGAUGUCGACUCAGGGGCCGGCAGCGAGCGAAUGAGUUAAAUGGCCAGCGUGUGGCGGGAAAGCUCAUGUUCGACAUGGCAACAGGACCAUGUCAGUAUUUUAUGAAUGUUACAGGGCUUGCAUUCUGUUUAGUGCUUUGUUUGUCUUUUUUAUAUUUCAGGUUCCUCUGUGAUUUAAAAAAAAAAAAGAUUGCUGGACCAAGUCAUGUGUUCACAACCACUUUUUCAUAAGCGGGUACACUGAGGGGGUUCUCCAAUUUCAGUCUAAAUAUGUAUAUUUUGUUUUUAGUACUUUCAUUUCAUGUUGGAACUUAACGCAAAUGUGCCUUGUGACCUGUACUGUUUUAAAAGCCGUACAAUGUGAAGCUGAACCAAUAAAUCGAGGUCUCUUUUCAAAAUUGCGU